AUUAUUAUCAUUUUUUUUUUUUUAUACGUGUUUCCUCAAUAGAAAUUAUUUAGACUUCAGAUAGCAGAGAACUCAUCACCGAAUGACUCCGAUGAUAAUCGAUAACCACCGCCACCAACACGCAAUAAUAUUAUAAUACAAAUAGAUAGGUACGUAAAUAUUAUGUUCAUUAGUAGACUAACAGCUCGCACGCCGGUCAUYAGCACUCCGUCAUUGUCGACAGCACAAAGAAAACGUUUCGAGUUCUUCAAAGGUAUGAGCAACUUGUCGUACGUGUCAACGGACUUGGCAGGUCCGUCGGUCGGAAUCUACAGCCAAGCAGUUAAAUACGGUGAUACAGUUUAUUUGUCAGGUACCUUGGGAUUGGAUCCUUGUACUGGUAAGCUGGUUGAAGGCGGUGCCGGACCCGAGAUAAAAAAGGCACUGGAAAAUAUUAAACAUGUUCUAGAAGCGUCUCAAUCUUCUUUCAGUUCAAUCGUUAAGACCACGGUUUUGUUAGCUGACAUAAAAGACGGCCCAACGGUGAACGAGAUUUACAAGCAAUUUUUUGUGCCACCAUAUCCGGCUAGAGCAAUGUUUCAAGUGGCCAAAUUGCCCUUAGAUGCCAAAGUCGAAAUAGAAGUUAUUGCCGCAGUUAACAAGUAAUCGCAAUAAUAAGAUAUAUUUUAAUUUUGUUUGUUAAAAAUAUGUUUUAUAAACUUGCUACGUGCAAGGGAAAUAAUCUCUAAAUAUGUUAUUUACAAUAUUAAAUAUGCUGUAUACACACAAAAGCGAGGAUUUAAUGCAUAUUCAGGAAAAGAAGUGUUUGUCUGACACAAUUGAAAAUGUAAAAAAUUAUUUGUUUUUAUUUUACUUUCUUAAAUAUUUUUCGGAGAAUUGUUGAUAAAAGUUUACUGUAGUAUAAUAUUAUUAUGAUUGAUUUUAA